AUGAUGUUCGACAACUCGUUCCUGUCCACACCUGUUAUUACCUAUAUUCCCGGCAGCAGAUACGAUGAACGAGGGAGACAACUCCAGUUCGUCGAGUCUGACGUACAGCGACAACAGCGACUAGCCCUUCUCAAAGGGAGAAACUCGCCGUUGUUCGAUUCACCCUGCUCAUCCCCUUCCUCCACUUUAAGCCGCUCCCUAUCGAGCUCUCCCUCUAGCUCUCCAUCGACGACUGUUAUCGACAUCAGUGCAGACCCAUUCUCCCAAUACUCCAUUUCCACUACCAGCUCCACGACUUCCUCCAGCAAGCGUGGUCACAGGCGCCGGUCUUCCAUUCUCAAUGUAAUACCCGAGGAGGACUAG